AUGGACAAGCAAUUAAUGUUCUCAGAAUGUAUUCGUAUCCUCCAAAUAACACCAUUACGUAGAAGUCCUGAGGAGUUGAAUCUGUUACUGAAUUUUGCAAGGACUAUCACAUUUUUCAGAGAAUUAGGGGAACAGUCGGUAGAGAUGCUGCAACGAUGCAUAUUGGUUCUCUCCUAUCGGACAAUAAAAGGCGGAGAGGUACUCUUCAAAGUGGGCGACGCUGGGAGUUUGUUUUACGUGAUCCUGCGAGGUUCGGUAAGUGUAAACAUCAGAUUGCCAAACCCUGAAGAUCCUCAACUAUUUGAACUGAAGGAAGUGAACACUCUACGAGCAGGGAUCGGUUUUGGAGAGUUGGCAUUGAUAAAUGACUCUAAAAGGACAGCUACCAUUAUUGCUAAGGAAGAUUGUGUAUUUGCAGUAAUGGAGAAACACCAUUACAAAUAAAUAUUAGGUGCUUAGGAAAUGGCUAAGAUAUAGAAUAAGAUCUCCUUCUUAUGCUCGUUCCCAUUCUUUAGUUCUUGGUCCUUCAGAGAGAUCAAAACUAUAAGCUACCAUUUUGAACCUGUCUCUGUAACUCUGAAUCAAGCAAUAAUCAAGUAGAAUGAAUAUUGCAAUCAUUUUUAUGUUGUUAGGGAAGGAGAGUUUUAAGUACAAUUCAUCCAUAAAAAUAAGUUAUUUUGUAUUUGCACUCUUGGUCCAGGUGAAUCUUUUGGAGAAGAAGCCUUCCUCAAUAAAGAUGGGCAAUUCCUCAUCAAGUCCUCCAUUUUCAUCCAAUGGGCCAAGACCAAGUACAAUAUUGUGUGUAAGAGUGAAACUGGAAUCGCUUACAAAAUCACCAGAGAAGACAUCCAGAAGUAAACCUUUAUAUUUAGAUAGAGACGAUUCUGGGAUAGCAAGACCUAGGUUGUGUUUUUACAUUUGCUUUCAUCGAUCCAUCACUUCAGAACCAUAAAGGCCAAUCAUUUGAUUAAGGAAUAUGAAGAGAAGAGACAAAAGGAAGAGGAAGAAAUGAAUUUCAUUCAUCCUGGAAUGAAGAGAAGCUUUGUUCAGAAAUACAACUUAUUAUCUUAAAGAAAUACGAGCAGUGAGAUAGAGAAGGAUGAAUAAUAUGAUUAAUUCAAAUUAUAAGAGAAACAAGCCAUUGUAUAAUUUACCAAAUUGAUGAAGGAUAGAAAUUGCUCUUAUGCUCAAGUGAGAACCUUUUUUGAUCAACGCAAAUUCAAAUCCUAAAACUACUUUAAUAAACGCUUUUACCAUAGAUAAUUCUUUAGAUUUUCUAAUAAAAUUGAUGAUAAAAUUAAACAUGAUCCUGAUCAUAAUAAAUUAACACAUGAUCAUGAAAUCGAUGGAUUACUCACCUAUUGUACAAAUCAAUAGAAUUUGGGAUGCAAUAACAAUUCGCAUCACUACCCUCUCACCCAAGUCUUGAGCAGUCCCACUACUGUAGAUAAAUUCAUCAAGAGAAUCAAGAGCAAGGUACAAAUACAAGUGAAAAACGAGGAAAACAAUACCUUUUUUAACAUUCGUACUCACAGUCCUACCUCGCAUAGAAGUAUCAAUAGCAGAAGACUGAAAACUUAUGUUGAUUGA